AUGAGCUCGUCAGCAGGGAUCGACUCCGAAGAUGGAAGAUCUGAAGAGCCAAGUACACGAAGCAGCGAGGGGUGUCCGGACCUGGAUCCGAUGGCCGCCUUGGACACACUGGCCGUCGCGGUUGCGGAUGCACGGAAAGCACUGCGAGAGCUCCGGCAGCAGACUUCCACCCUCGAGCUAAUCACCAAUCAACUCCACCGACAUGCCAUUCUCGUCCAGCUCAUCCAGAACGCCCUGGAUCUCAACCUAGAGCGCCCAGAGCCCUCUCAGCCGACCCGUCAGAAUACCGAACCAGUAGCUUCUGUCGGCGAUCUCAGCCUCGGCGUUUAUACUCUCGCCACCGUUAAGAUCUUUAAAACCAGCUCGGAUCACCAGGGGCCCCACUGCUUGAUCUGUCUCGAAGAUUACAUCGAGGGCGCUCCAAUUAUAGUCUUGCCCUGCCAUGACUCACACAACUAUCACCUCACUUGUCUAACGCAUUGGGCCCGACAUUCCAAGCGGCUCACUUGCCCUUUGUGCCGUUCUCCCUUUGACCGACAAAGCUCGAAUGAUUACCCUCCAGAAAUUUAA